UAAGGGACACCUUCUGUACUCGACCGCCGCCGCGAGGAACCGCUCGCUGCCGUUGAACUGCGGCUCUCCUCGCCCCGCUCGAGGUGCGCCUUCAUUCGAUCGUACUGCCACAGACGGAGGGCUGUCCAAUCGCUGUAAAGAAGCAAAGCUAAAACUGUGCUAGCGCUUAAACGGUCACAGUUUGGAAACAUCACAUUUGCACGACUAUCGCUCACAUUUACUGCUUGCAGUCUUAUAUAACGGCCUCGAUAACGCGAACGUCUGCAGUUACUGCGCAAAUGUGAUGUUGGCGUAGUGGGGUGCUUUUUAUAUUAUGAGCUAUGUCUCCGCCCAUCCUCCGUUAGCCAAUCAGAUCUUAGCUGGGUUUAGCGCUUGUGAUUCCGGUGUCAUGGCGGCGCAGUAGUGGAGGGACAACAGGAAUAAAUGUAGUGAGGGUGUUAGUACUGUUGCAGUCGAAAUGUCAGUAACGGCGUUUAAAAGCUGGUUCUCGUAUCGAACGAGCUCAUGUGUAGUGCUGCCAUUUUGUAGGAGGUAUUGUAAGACUCAAGCGUCCAGGUCUCUGGAGCACCUGCGGUACUUUGAGUCCCUCAGGGAGCAGCGGGAAAGGCAAGGGACAGAGGUGAAGGCGCACGGGCUCAGCGUUUGGCUGCAGGAUGGCAGGACUUUGAAGGGGACGACUGGAGUCACUACGCCUCUUGCCAUUGCACAGAAAGCGCGGAUCAAAGGGGCAGUGGUUAGCAAAGUGAAUGGAGAACUCUGGGAGCUGGUGCGCCCUUUAGAGGCAGACUGUGAGCUGCACUUUCUUGGAUUUGACAGCACAGAGGGCAAGCAGGUGGUGUGGAGGUCUGGGGCUUGUGUCCUGGAGGGGGUGCUCGCAGGGCAUUAUGGUGCAGAGGUGUGCUGGGCCGGUACUUCUGACACUGGGUUCUACUGUGACUACCAGCUACAUGGGAGCCCCCUUUCUCUGGACGAGGUAGAGGAGAAGUGCAACCAAAUGGCCGCGCUCAGUCUGCCGUUCAGCAAAUUGCAGAUCAGUGCCCAGGAGUUGAAGGAGCUGUUAAAGGACAAUAAGCUGAGGCUACAGAUGACUGAAGGGCGUAUGACUGGUCCCUUAGUAACUGCGUACAGAUUUGGUGACACCGUGGGCUUCAGCAGUGGUCCUCUUCUUCCUCACUCAGGGUUUCUUCAGAGCUUCAAGAUGCUGCAGGUCUCACCAGUGGCUGUGAGUGACCUAGCCCCGGUUAGCGUAAUGCGAAUGCUGGGAGUGUCCUUCCCCGGCCUCAGGGAGCGCGAAGAGUGGGAGAAGGAGCAGGAGGAGGCCCGUCGCAAGGACCACAGACGCAUCGGCAAGGACCAGGAGCUGUUUUUCUUCAACGCUGUGAGUCCCGGCAGCUGCUUCUUCUUUCCAAAAGGAGCACACAUCUACAAUGUUCUCACAGAUUUCAUCAAGAGUGAGUACAAGAAGCGUGGCUUCAGUGAAGUCGUGACCCCUACGCUCUACAGCACGGCACUGUGGGAGCGCUCAGGACACUGGGAGCACUAUAGCGAGAACAUGUUCCUGGUGCAGUGUCACCCUCACACUUAUGCCCUCAAGCCUAUGAACUGCCCUGCCCACUGUGUGAUGUUUGAGCAGAGACCGCGCUCGUGGCGGGAGCUGCCCCUGCGAUGGGCUGACUUUGGAGCCCUCCACCGCAAUGAGCACUCGGGAGCACUCACCGGCCUUACCAGGGUCCGCCGCUUCUGCCAGGACGACGCCCACAUCUUUUGUACCUCCCAGCAGCUGGAGGAGGAGAUCACUUCCUGUCUGGAGUUUGUGCGCAGUGUGUACAAGGUGUUUGGGUUCUCUUUCCGCUGUUUGCUGUCCACGCGACCCACCCCCUUCCUGGGUGACCACUCCCUGUGGGAUAGCGCAGAGCAGCAACUGGAGAGAAGCCUGCAGCAGUUUGGAGAGCAGUGGGAGGUCAACGCAGGGGAUGGGGCAUUCUACGGGCCCAAGGUCGACAUCCAGAUCCGUGAUGCCACUGGUCGACAACACCAGUGUGCUACUAUCCAGCUGGACUUCCAGCUCCCAAUCAGAUUCAACCUUCAAUAUGUUGGUGCGGAUGGAGAGAUGUACAGACCAGUAAUGAUCCACAGAGCUGUAUUGGGAUCUGUGGAACGGAUGAUAGCUAUCCUGGCUGAGAACUUUGGAGGAAAAUGGCCCCUAUGGCUCUCCCCAGCUCAGAUAAUGGUGAUUCCUGUCUCUAAUCAGAUGGAGGACUAUGCACAACAGGUGGUGAGAAGGUUCAAGGAGAGUGACUUCAUGGUUGACGUAGACUUGGAUCAUGGCGCAACCUUAAAUAAGAAGAUACGUUCUGCACAGCUGGCACAGUACAACUACAUACUUGUGGUGGGAGAGAAGGAGCAGGCAAGCGAAACGGUGAGCGUGCGGACGAGGGGAGGAAAACAGCUGGGACAGAGGGGUGUCCAAGAGGUGCUCACAUCGCUCCAGGAGCUCAAAGCUACAAGGAGCAACGAAGAGAAUUUCUGAAAAAGGCACAACCUGUGAAAGACCUGCUUAACAUUAUGCCACAAUCAUCCCAAGGCUUACAUCGCCAUGUCACGCAUAGGUAGUCACGAGUGAGUGUACUCUGUCACCCACAGCAGUAACAUGCGUACAUAUGUACAUAUGAACGUGAAGUAUAGUUAAAGUUUGGAACGAUAUACUGCCCAAAUACUUGUAUUGUCAGGAUUGAGACACAGGUGACACUGCUGACACAAUCAUAACACAUUGAGAACACUGUUUCCAGCACUGACGGCUGUACCAGUAGCACUUGUGAUUGGCCUAUAAUGGUAUAGCACUGGUGCAGAGCAUUAUCCAGGUUAACAGUAAAAAAUUGUUGGGCCUAGUAGGCUUCGGUCAACUUCAGAUGAAGAUGGUAGCUAUUGACGCUGAUCACCUGUACUCCAACGUUUGCGCAGACCAAACUUGUACCUUGUAUUUGUACAAACUUACACAGCUGCUUAAUAUGACUCUGCAAUUUAAGUAAUGGCAAAAUUGUGACUAGUUACCCUGUGUUUAAUUUUUGCUUCUGUAUCU